CCGUCUGGUCUGAGUGGCCCUCGUCGUUCAGGUCAAGGUCAGCGCGGGAAGGAGCCGCAGAAGAUCAUGGCGAGUGUUUCCCUCACUGAAGAUGUCCAGCGGAAUAAAGCAGAGAAGGCCUGGAAACCGUCAGUGAAGCGCAGUGGCCGUGCCGACGAGGACAAGCCCGAGUUCUUGAAGACGCAGGAGCUGUUCAAACGCAUGGAGAGCGUGUUGAAUCAACUGACGCCGCAGAUGUUCCAGCCGCUGAUGAAGCAGGUGACGGAACUGACCAUCAACACCGAGGAGCGCCUGAAAGGAGUGGUCCACCUCAUCUAUGAGAAGGCCAUCUCUGAGCCCAACUUCUCUGAAGCCUAUGCCAACAUGUGCCGCUGCCUCAUGGGGCUGAAAGUUCCCACCACGGAGAAACCUGGAGUGACGAUAAAUUUCAGGAAGCUGCUGCUGAAUCGUUGUCAGAAAGAGUUUGAGAAGAACAAAGAUGAUGAUGAAACGUUUGAGAAGCAGAAGAAGCUGGAUGCUGCCACAGGGGUAUGAACAAGACACACACAC